CCGCUCGAGAAAUAAGAGCGUAUAAAACAGUGCUCCGCGUUUUCGGAGGCAUUUCUGCUACCGGGGGUUAAGAAUGAGAAGCUCUUUCCUUUCGUGGACUCUGGGAAUUGGAUUCAGGCUGUGGGUCUCGGAGCCGGCUUCUCAGUCUCACACGGAGGCGGGACGGGGCCUCGGGUUGCUCUCGGGGAUGCUGGGAAAUGUAGUCCAGGAGCUCCGCGUUGUUGGAGGUAUUUCCGCUGCGGGAGGUUAAGAUCGCGGCCUUCAUUUCUCUCGGGGAGAGGGACAAGACCUAGAAUGCUGGUUCUGGGGUGAGAGCUGGAUUCCGAUUCCGCCCCUGCAUCUUGACCUUACCAAGCCUCAGCUUCCUCGUCUGUUAAAUAGGAGCGACUGUCCUCAUCAUCAUCGUUGAUUGAGAACUUCCUAAAAUGCCAGCUGAGGAUGGGCUCAGACGUGUAGGUGAUUGGACCAAAGUCACACGACUUGUACAAGAGUAGCUUCCUCACAGGACUCAGCCCUUCCCUAGAAGUAGAAGGAGGACAAAAUGACCAAGUUCAAGGAGGCGGUGACGUUCAAGGACGUGGCUGUGGUCUUCACGGAGGAGGAGCUGGGGCUGCUUGACCCCGCCCAGAAGAAGCUGUAUGGAGAUGUGAUGCUGGAGAACUUCCGGAACCUGCUGUCUCUGGGGCACCAACCCUUCACACCAGAUGCAGUACCCCAGUUCAAGAGGGGAGGAAGGCUUUGGAUGAUAAAGGCAGCAACCCAGAGCCACGGCUCCUCAGGAGACAGGAAUCUAAAUGAUGCGGAGACUCUUCAGGAAAUUGGAUUAAAGUACCUGCCACACGAAGAGCUUUUCUGCUCGCAAAUCUGGCAACAGGUUACAAAGGAGUUAAUCCAGAGCCAAGAUGCCAUGGUAAAUAUUCAAGGAACUGGCUCUCAGCUGGAAAAACAGGGUGAUGCACUCUAUAAAGAUGGGGAGUUUGGUAAAGGCUUUAAUCAGACUUCGUGUCUUCAAAUUCACCACAGAGACCACACAGGAGGAAACCCCUAUAAGGGGGGAGAGUGUGAGAAUGGUUUCAUUGAGCACUCUCAUCUUCAGACUCACCAGACAGCCCAUGUGGGAGAGAAGCCCUAUAAAUGUGAAAAAUGUGGAAACACCUUCCGCCGACUUUCAAGCCUUGAAGCCCAUCAGAGAGUCCACAGCAGGGAGAAAUCGUACAAACACGAUACAUCGCGUAAGGGUCUCAGACAGAGGUCACAUCUUCGCCAUCCGCAGAGAGCCCCCCCUGGAGAGAAUCCACACAAGUACGAGGAGUGUGGGAGGAGCGUCCGGAGAAGCUCCCAGUGUCAAGCUCCUCUGAUAGUCCGCACGUUGGAGAAACCUUAUAAAUGUGAGGAGUGCGGGCAGAGCUUCAGUCAGGGCUCGUAUCUUCAAGUCCACCAGAGAGUCCACGUGGGAAAGAAACCCUAUAGAUGUGAAGAGUGUGGGAAGGGCUUCAGUUGGCGUUCGCGACUGCAGGCUCACCAGCGAAUCCACACAGGAGAGAAACCAUACAAAUGCGAGGCCUGUGGCAAGGGCUUUAGUUACAGCUCACACCUUAACAUCCAUUGUCGAAUCCACACAGGAGAGAAACCCUAUAAAUGUGAAGAGUGUGGGAAAGGCUUCAGUGUGGGCUCACACCUUCAGGCCCAUCAGGUCAGCCACACUGGAGAGAAACCUUACAAAUGCGAGGAGUGUGGGAAGGGCUUCUGUCGGGCCUCAAAUCUUCUGGACCAUCAGAGAGGCCACACUGGUGAGAAACCAUAUCAGUGUGAUGCCUGUGGAAAGGGCUUCAGUCGUAGCUCGGAUUUUAACAUUCACUUUCGAGUCCAUACGGGAGAGAAACCCUAUAAAUGUGAGGAGUGUGGGAAAGGCUUCAGUCAGGCCUCAAAUCUUCUGGCCCAUCAAAGAGGCCACACUGGAGAAAAACCAUACAAGUGUGGUACAUGUGGGAAGGGCUUCAGCCGGAGUUCAGAUCUUAACGUUCAUUGUAGAAUCCACACGGGAGAGAAACCCUAUAAAUGUGAGAAGUGUGGUAAGGCCUUCAGUCAGUUCUCGAGUCUUCAGGUGCACCAGAGAGUCCACACUGGAGAGAAACCGUAUCAGUGUGCGGAGUGUGGGAAGGGCUUCAGCGUGGGUUCACAGCUCCAAGCCCAUCAGAGGUGCCACACUGGAGAGAAGCCGUACCAAUGUGAGGAGUGUGGGAAAGGAUUCUGUCGGGCCUCGAAUUUUCUGGCUCAUCGUGGCGUCCACACGGGAGAGAAGCCGUACCGGUGUGACGUGUGCGGUAAGCGCUUCAGACAGAGAUCCUAUCUUCAAGCCCACCAGAGGGUCCACACUGGGGAGAAACCAUACAAGUGUGAGGAAUGCGGGAAGGUCUUCAGUUGGAGCUCAUACCUUCAAGCCCACCAGAGGGUCCACACUGGGGAGAAACCAUACAAGUGUGAGGAGUGCGGGAAGGGGUUCAGUUGGAGCUCAAGCCUUAUAAUUCAUCAGCGAGUGCAUGCUGACGAUGAGGGUGAUAAAGACUUUCCCACCUCGGAGGAUUCACGCAGGAAGGAAGCUCCAGAAAAGUCCUGUGAACUGGUGUUUCUCAACCUGUCAGGAGGUCCAAAAAUCAAUUCAGUGGGUUGUAACCAGCACUUAUGUGUGCGGACACUACCAGGCACAGAUCUGCCUCAGCAGGACUCUAUUCCCAGAAUCUGUACAUCUCCAGAAGUAGCAAGAGAAAAUGACCACAUUCAAGGAGGUAGUGACAUUCAAGGACGUGGCUGUGGUCUUCACGGAGGAGGAGCUGGGGCUGCUGGACCCCACCCAGAGGAAGCUGUACCGAGAAGUGAUGCUGGAGAACUUCGGGAACCUGGUCUCUGUGGGGCAUCAACCAUUCAAACGAGAUAUGGUCCACUUGGUAAGGGAAGGAAAGUUUUGGAUGAUGAAGUUAGCAACCCAAGGAAAAGGCAACUCGGGACCCUUCUGAUUACAUUCCUCCCGGAUAAUCCAGGACGAUCGUCCUCUUUUUCUGAUCAGCUGAUCAGCAGCCUGCAUUGCAUCUGCAACCCAGGAGACAAAAUCCAACACAAGAUGGAGACUAUUCCUAAAGUGGAACCACAUGAAGAACUUUCCUGCUGGCAAAUCUGGCAGCAUAUUGCAGAUGACUUAACCUGGUGUCACGACUCCAUGAUAAAGAGUUCUCAAUUCCACAGACAAUGGGAUUUACCCAGCCACGUUGAGGCAGCACGGUCUAUAACCCACACAGGCCAGAAGACUUCCCUGGGGAAUGAGUGCAAAAAGAUCUUUAGUGAUACCUCCCACUGUGAUCUUCAACACAUAAACUCAGGGGAGAAGUCUCACACAUGUCGCGAUUGUGGGAAAUGCUUCUUUUAUAGCUCAGCGCUUCGUAUUCAUCAGAGAGUUCACCUGGGAGAGAAACGGUAUAGGUGUGAGGAGUGCGGUAAGGAAUUCAGUCAGAGCUCAUGCCUGCAAACUCAUCAGAAAAUCCACACCAUAGGGAAGCCAUUCAAAUGUGGGGAAUGUGGGAAAGGCUUCAGUCGUAGAUCAGAACUUAGUAAUCAUUGCAGGUUACACUCGGGAGAGAAACUUUAUAAGUGUGAGGGAUGUGGAAAGGCCUUCAUUAAUGCUUGCCAUCUUCAGGACCAUCAGAGAGUCCAUACCGGGGAGAAGCCAUUCAAGUGUGAUAUCUGUGGUAAGAACUUCCGUCGUAGAUCAGCACUUAAUAGUCAUUGUGUGGUCCACACGGGAGAAAAACCAUACAAGUGUGAGGAGUGUGGGAAGUCCUACACUUGGCGUUCACGUCUUCGUAUCCAUAAGAAGGUCCACAUGGGACAGAAACCAUACAAAUGUGAAGAAUGUGGAAAGGGCUUCUUUUCUAGGACACAUCUUUAUUAUCAUCGGAGGUUCCACACAGAGGAGAAACCUUAUAAUUGUAAGGAAUGUGGGAAGAGCUUCAGGUGGGUCUCACCUCUUUUGACACAUCAGCGAGUCCACAGUGGAGAAAAACCAUUCAAAUGUGAAGAAUGUGGGAAGGGAUUUGGUCAGAAAUCGUGCCUGCAAGCUCAUCAGAAAGUCCACACCAGAGAAAAGCCAUACAAAUGUGACACAUGUGGGAAGGGCUACAAGACGAGCUUGGAUCUUGAUGUGCACCAGAGUGUCCAUUUGGGAGAGAACCCAUACACCUGUAGGACAUGUGGUAAGCACUUCACUAGGACCUCAAAUCUUAAAGUUCAUCAGAGAGUCCACACUGGAGAGAAACCGUACAAAUGUAAUGUGUGUGGUAAGGUCUUCAGUCAAUCUGGACAUUUAAAAUCUCAUCAGAGAGUUCACACAGGGGAGAAACCUUACAAGUGUGAGAUAUGCAGUAAGCAGUUCAGUUCAAGUUCGUAUGUUAAAAUUCAUCACAGAAUCCACGCUGAGGAUAAAUCUCAUUCUGUCUCAUAGGAGGGAAAACAUUUGUUUCAUUAAAGUGAAUGUUUCAGCCGUAGCUGAAUGCAUCCUGGUGAUUCCAAGGUCACAUAAGUGGUGCAGUGUACAAGGUACAAGAACCUCGGCAGUUUUAGCUAUCACUCAAGAAAAAGGCCUAAAUAUAAUAAUUUCUUUAGGCCUUUAUCAGAUUCUAAUGGUGGAUGUUAAAAUCGAUGUCCCCUGAAAUAGAAGCUUCCUGAGGGCAGGGAGUUUGUUUGCUGCUGAAUCUAUACAAUCAGCAUUGAAUAGCACUCUGUGUAUGCACUUAGUACACAUUUGUGAAAUGAAUCAAAAGGAAGAGAGAAUUAGGGAAGAUUGUGGAGUAGGAGGACGCUAAGCUCCUCUCCUCUCAUCGAUGCAACUAGACAACACUCACAUCAGCGUAAAUAACCCAGAAAUUGACCCCGACACUGGCAGAACAAAGUCAACACCUAAAGGUAGAGAAGAGGCCGUAUCAGAGAAGGUAGGAAGGGCAAAGAUGCAGUUUGGGAGUGAGCCAGACUGGCCGUCUGUGGAGGGGAAGGAACCAGUGGUGUAGAGAAGACAAAAAACAGACUGUCACACUGGGGAGCCCACAUGGGGAAGAUGAAUCCCUGUAACACUUGGCUUUGAAAGCGAGAGGGGCCAAAUGGCAUGAGUUCUUAGCAGCCAGCUGGACUUAAAGCCUGGAUUUCCAGUGUCUGUGGGCUGGGCUCUGGGAGAGCACGAUGAACAGCUGGUGGAGACACAACCAGGAAUCGAGUUUGGCAAAUGCCAGGGGCAGACAGCAGGGACAGCAAUUUACUGAGUGUGGCCUGGAGAGGCAGGGAUCAUGGGGACACUCCUUUGGGAACAAAGGAGGGAACCAUUUCCCUCCCUGGCCCCCCCCCCCCCCAGCAUAAGCACAUGGGUACCUGCUGGAACCAGCACGGCGCCCACACUCCUUACCUAACUUGGUUACACCAGCCCCUGCCCCCCUGUGCUCUGGUGGGUCUGCCUUUCCCAAUCACACCUGCUUCAGUCCCGGCACUGUGAAGACCAGAGCAAACCUACCUUGUCUCCUGACCUGUGUGUUUUGCAGAACAUCAGUUCCAGAGGUGGCAGCUUCAACAGGUCUCAUUUCACAAACAGACCAGCACAUAUCAUUAAAAUGGGCUCUACCCAGCUGGGACCAGACACUGCCCACAAUAGGCAAAGAGAGCCUCUGCAGGUGACCAGACUGAAUAAAAAGAGCCCAGGACACAGCACUGGGGCACAGGCAACACACAUAGGAGACCCUGCCCCUGAAGCGACAGGUCCCAGGAAACAGGAGAGCGUGCACUGCAGGGCACUACCGGACUUGUUCUUCAUAAGGGCAUUACCUUCGAGAGCGAGAGACACAGCUGACUUUCCUAAUAUGCAGAAAUAGACAUGGAGACAAAAUGAGAUGGGAAUAUCCCCCAAAUGAAAGUACAGGACCAAACCACAGCAAGAGACCUAAGCGAAAUGGAUAUAAGUAAUAUUCCAGACAGAGAAUUUAAAGUAAUGAUCACAGAUACUCACUGGGUUUGAGAAGAGUGGAGGACAUCACUGAGACCCUUAAUAGAUUAAAAAGAACCAAGCAGAGAUGAACACAAUAAAUUAAAAAAGCACUUGAUGGGAUAAGAAGAAGGUGAGAUGAAACAGGAAUGAAUGAAUGUCCUGGAAGACAGAGUAAUGGAAAGUAAGCCACACAAAUGAGAGGAAGAAAAUCAUGGAGAUUGAGGAUAGGGAACUCAAUGACUCCAUCAAGCAUAAUAGCAUAAUAACAUUUGCAUUAAAGGGACUCCAAAAGAAGAGAAAAGGGGGCAGAAAUUUUACCUGAAGAAAUAAUAGCUGAAAACUUACCUAAUGUGAGGAAGGAAACAGAUAACCAGAUCCAGGAGGCACAGAGAUCCACCCAAAAAAUCAGCCCAAGGAUGUCCACACCAAGAUAUAUAUUUGUUAAAAUGGCAAAAAGUGAUAAAAUAUUUUAAGUGAACCAAAGAGGCAAAAUGUGCAAUCUUUACAAAUUGUAUCUGGAGAAGGAAACCAGCAAAAAACUAAUAAAUAAUUCUGAGGAACAAAUAGUUGAAAUGCAGAAAUACACUGAGUACUGUGUUCCACAGCAUUAUUUUGGUAGUUUCCUCUUAUGGUUGGCUCUGGCUAUCAGCCUGUGUUCUGAGGUUGAGUUCUUAUUUUUCAUGUCUUGAUCUCAUAUCCCAUUGGUUUACGCAGUAGCAGUUGAACUCUUGUGGUUUUUCUCACAUUGCAGACUGAAACAAUUUAACUUCACAAUAACUGGCCACUGCACAUAUCUUAAUUGAAUUUUCUCAACAAAGUUAAGGCAAGGGCUCAAAGAAACACUAAAGGCAUCAGAUUUAUAUAGUAGUGAUAAAAACAUUUUUCUUAAUUUUGAAUUUGUCAUUGAGUUUUAAAUUUCUGCAUUUCCAUGUAGUCUUUGAUAUGAUUGCCUUCUAAUUGUGGUAGGAUUUUUUUUUUUUAAUCAAACUUCUGUGGUGGAAAUUUAUGCCAUUUUGAAGGACAUUUAAUUUGUCAGCUUCCCAUAUUUUCCCCUCAUCCCCAUGAAAAUAAAUACUAGAAAAAAAUUGGGAUUUGGUGAUUGCAUCAAAUACAUUAAUUACAGGGUGCAGAAAUGACAGUUAUAUGUUUUUCUUGGUGACAAUAAAAACAAUUUUUUGAAAAGCA